CAUUUAGAUGAAACAAGACUUCGUAUAACGAGUUCUGUUCAAGUCGGUUUACAAUAAUGACCGAUAUUUGCCUGUAUGCCGAAUUUUUUUUAGGGCAAUUCAGUUUACGCGCAUCACUCGAAGCGGUCAGUCGCUUUUUAGUUGUGUUAUUCAUUUAGUACAUAUAACAAUGAAGGCAAAUCACAUGAACUGGUUUUCGGUGUUAAUGAUUUAUUCAUUGGCACAGAUCAUUCACUCAAGUGCUGUGACAUACAGAAAGUCGAAUGACCCACGAAAAAAUUUGUUUCCACUCACUUUUAUUCAUAUUAAUGACUUUCAUGCUCGGUUUGAUGAGACGAAUCUAAUGUCGGCAGAAUGUAGAAAAAAUGACGUAUGUAUAGGCGGGUAUGCUCGUUUAGUUGCAGUGGUAAAACAAUUGCAGAGAUCACGAUCGAAUCCAAUCUAUUUUAAUGCGGGAGACAAUUACGCUGGUACAAUAUAUUGGACUUUUGGAAAACACAAUAUUAGCAGCUAUUUCCUGAACUUGCUCCCAGCUGAUGUGAUGACCAUUGGCAAUCACGAAUUUGAUGGAGGGCCAGACGGAUUGGUACCAUUUUUGGAUAGAAUCGAAUCUCCAUUGGUCUUGGCAAAUGUUGAUUUCACCGACGAGCCGCAGCUACAAGGAAAGUUCCUCAACUCAACGAUAUUGAUACGAGACGGUCGAAAGAUUGGUGUUAUCGGAGUCAUUGCAAAUGAUACGCAUACAUUGUCGAAAACCGGGAAAGUAAAAUUUCUAAAUGAAGUUGAUACCGUACGAUAUGAAGCAGACAAACUAGAUAAGGAAGGUGUCGAUAUAAUUGUCGUUUUAUCGCACUGUGGCAUUGAUGUUGAUUUUGAAAUAGCACGAGGGGCUGGUUCAAAAAUUGAUGUAAUUGUAGGCGCACAUACACACACUUUCAUGUACACGGGCGAUCCGCCUGGGCCGGACACACCAGAGUACGAUUAUCCAGCUGUUGUCAAACAUAGCAAUGGACACAACGUUCUGAUUGUUCAAGCGUCGGCCUAUGCGAAAUACGUAGGCGAUAUGACCGUUUAUUUUGAUGGAUUGGGUGAGGCGAUUCGAUGGACAGGUCAACCAAUUUUCUUGGGCCAUGGAAUUCAACCAGAUGAAGAAAUCGUAAGAGAACUAAAUCCAUGGAAAGAGAAGUAUGAAAAUAUAACUCAACAACCAAUUGCGACAACUUACGUCACACUAGAUAACAGCAAUUGUUUAUAUGCGGAAUGUAUUAUGGGAAAUGUUGUCGCAGAUGCUUUCCUCAGUUCAUAUCGCAGUAUGAGCAAUGAUACAAAGACAGCGAUUGCAUUAGUUCAGUCGGGAGCAAUACGGACCACACUGGUGGAAGGACCGAUAUCAUUUGGAGAUCUAAUUAUGGUGGUUCCGUUCCACAAUAGAGUUGAUUCAUUCGAUUUGUUGGGUCGAUACAUUUGGGAAGCAUUGGAAUACAGCUCAAAUGAAGUAAAUAAUGAAAACACACAUUUGAAACAGUUUUUGCAAAUUUCAGGUUUGAGACUUGUGGUGAAUGCCACUCAACCAAAAGGACAUCGAGUAGUUGCAAUCGAAAUCCUGUGUGAAGAAUGUACGCCGGUUGAAUAUAAACCAAUCGAUUUGAAUCAAACAUAUCGUGUUGUUGCAACAGAUUUUCUAGCUAACGGUGGCAAUGGAUACACCAUGUUCUCCGAACACAUGCAAAAUUAUGCAAUGGGCGAAAUAGACGUUGACGCACUAUCAAAUUACAUAAAAUCAAUUGAAAAGGUGGAAGAAGUGGAAACUGGUCGAAUUAUUGUUCUGACCUAAGCUGAAUGAGUAAUAAACAAUGUCCACGCGUCAACAAAUUUUCAACAAACAAAUCAAUUGACAAAGAGUGAUGAAAGCCAUUAGAGAAGUACUCGAGAAUAUCGAACGAUUUAUCUUAUCUUUGUGCAGAUUGUGAUUCAUCGAGAGAUUGAAUUGACCGAUAUCAUUUUUACGAUAUGCAUAUACAUGUGAGAAAUGAUCGCUAUUUGUAGGAACGACGCGAAAAAAAAUAAGUACGGGAUAAUUUGUGAUUGUGUUUGUUUAUGUUUUGGCAAUCGCAUUUCCUAGUUUUCAUGUCAUUAGUUGUUGAUUGAUAUUAGUAUAUGCAUAUCUUAUCAUUUAGGUAUUGAUAAUGAAUGUUUUUUUAAGGUGAUUGUUUAUUUGAAAAUACGUUUUGAAUCAGUUUAAUAAAAUAUUGUGCCGACGGAACAUUUGCACUUGAUAUACAAAAGUGAAAA